AUGACACUUCUCAAAAGAUGCUCCGAAAAAGACGAGCCUUUCCGUUUAGGCCAGUCAUCCACAGAGCCCAUCUGCUGGCGGUCCAGGCAAGCCCUGACUGCAUCUCCGCGUCAUCGUGACAGUGGCCGAUACGGCGGAGAACGCGAGAACCGACGCACCGGAAGCAACAUGGAACCCAUCGGAAGCCCCACAGGCUCCGGCAAAGAAGAUCGAAGACUGGCGGGGUCUGGAGCCUGCAAAGCUGUACAGAGGGGCACACGGUGGAAGGCUGCCGAGGAGCUUGGUAUUCGCCUUGCGGAACUGCAUGACUUCCUUGCCAGCCCCGAGGGCAAUGCUUACAUGACCCAGCUUUCUGGGAUGUCUGCUCCCCAGCAAAUCUGGGUUGUGAGCUAG